AUGUUCCCGUCCACGAGGGGGGCCGUGGCGCAUGCCUCCUUCCAGCGCGGCAAGCACACCCGCCACGGCUGGUCCCAGUUUAGCGUCCAUACCUUCAACACCACCGACGAUCUGACCCAGCUCCGCGCCGCCGGCUUCCUAGAGGGCUACUUCACCGCCCGCGAGAUCCAGACGCACUACAACAACGUGGUGAGCACUUUCAACACCAGCCAGGCCCAGCGCGACUGGCUGCUGGAGCAGCACGCAUGGUCCCGGAGUCAAGCGACAGAACGGGGCCCCUCCUCGCCGGCCUGGCGCGCCGUGGGCCUGACCCUGGCGCAGCUGGAGGGCAUGGUGCUGGGCUACGCGGCGCGCCGGCGCACGGAGGGUGACGCCCUGCGCGACCUGGGCCUGGUCGCCUUCCUGGAGACCAGCUCCGUCGGCGACCUGGGCGACAUCCGGCGCGCCAUCGCUGUGAGACAGAGUCUGAAAACAGCGACCGCUCAGGGGGACCUGCUCGCGCCCUGGGCCGGCAUGGGACCCCAGGAGGUCGUGCGCGAGCUGACGCAGGGCGGGCGCUGCAGCGCGCUGGUGAGCGUGACCCCGGACCUCUCCGACCUCCUCCUGGGCCACUCCGCCUGGUUCACGUAUGGAGGCAUGGUGCGGGUGUACAAGCACUACCGCUGUGCCCUCUCCGACCCGGACCUGCCCGGCACCGCCCUCAGCUUCUCCUCCUACCCCGGCGAGCUCUCCUCCGACGACGACUUCUACCUCACAAACACAGGCCUGGCGGUGCUGCAGACCACCAACCGUGUGCUGAACGAGUCGCUGUUCCACGACGUGCACCCCCACAGCCUGCCCAGCUGGCAGCGCGAGCGCUGGAUGGUGGCGGACCUGGGCCGCUUCGCCCCCGGCGCCGACCUGACCCCCGGCCUGCUCACCAUCGUGGAGCAGAUCCCCGGCCGCGUCGCGGUCUGGGACGGCACGCCCCAUCUGGAGCGCGGCUACUGGCCUUCCUACAACAUCCCCGCCGACCCCGGGGCCCAGGCGGUGAACGGGCCCACCGCCACGCCCGCCCUCCCGCCCUUUGACUGGGGGCGGGUGAAUGCCUCGCUGGCGCACGCCACGCCGCACGAGGGCCAGCCCCGGCGCUUCGAGUACGAGUUCGCCUGGAUGACGCCCGACGCGGCGCGCUGGGAGCGGUGA